AAAGUUUUCGGACCUAGAUACUGUUAUGUAAUCUUCGCAGAUACAGUUCUGUCCAAGUUCAGAAGUGAAAGAAAGGAGAGGAGAGAAAAAGGCCAUACAAGUUCUUGAGUCAAAGGGAAGCCAUCAUCAUGGCUAUGGCUAUGAAUGUUAGUCCAUGUUUUUGUGUUGCAAGUAAUAGGAGAUCAGGUAAUAGAGUGAGAGCUGUUGCCUCUGAGGAUCUUGUUUUUUCGAAGAUAAAGGAUGAUAAGGUGAAGUUAGGUGGGUCUGAUUUGGAGGUUACAAGGCUUGGAAUUGGUGCUUGGUCUUGGGGUGAUACCAGCUACUGGAACAACUUUGAAUGGGAUGAUAGGAAAAUGAAGGCUGCUAAAGCAGCUUUUGAUACAAGUGUUGAUUGCGGUAUAACUUUCUUUGAUACUGCUGAAGUUUAUGGAUCUAGGUUCUCAUUUGGAGCCAUAAAUUCCGAAACUCUUCUAGGAAGAUUUAUCAAGGAAAGGAAAGUAAAAGAUCCUGAAGUGGAGGUAGCUGUUGCAACCAAAUAUGCAGCAUUGCCAUGGAGGCUGGGACGUCAGAGUGUUCUAACUGCCCUUAAGGAUUCCCUCGAUCGCCUUGGACUUUCUUCGGUAGAGCUAUAUCAACUCCAUUGGCCUGGAAUAUGGGGAAAUGAAGGAUACAUUGAUGGUCUUGGGGAUGCUGUUGAGCAGGGUCUUGUGAAGGCUGUUGGUGUUUCAAAUUACAGUGCGAGCCGACUUCGUGAUGCUUACGAGAAGCUUAAGAAAAGAGGUAUUCCACUGGCUUCAAAUCAAGUGAAUUACAGCCUCAUAUACAGGGCACCUGAGGAGAAUGGUGUGAAGGCAGCCUGUGAUGAACUUGGGGUCACUUUGAUUGCAUAUUCUCCUAUUGCUCAAGGCGUUCUUACAGGAAAGUAUACACCAGAAAAUCCACCAAGUGGUCCUCGAGGCCAGAUUUACACUCCCGAGUUUCUAACAAAGCUCCAACCUCUGUUGAACAGAAUCAAAGAAAUGGGAGAGAACUAUAGUAAAACUAACACACAGGUGGUAUUGAACUGGCUAGUAGCCCAGGAGAAUGUCAUUCCGAUCCCAGGGGCGAAGAAUGCUCAACAGGCUGAGGAAUUCGCUGGUGCACUUGGUUGGAGACUUACCAGUGAAGAGAUCGAUGAGCUGCGCUCCUUGGCGAUGGAGAUAAAACCUGUAACCGGUUUCCCCGUUGAAAAGUUGUAAAUUUGCACAAGUAUAAGGAAAAGUAAAAUCACAUCAUAUACAACAAGUUACAAUAAUGAAGAAAUAGACUUUUCUGAUGCUA